GGAAGCUGGCAGCAGCAGCAGCAGAAGCAGGAGGAGGAGGAGGGGGGCGAUGCUGCUGCACCGGUACGCGCCACGGCUCUGGUCCACCCUGCGGCUGCGGGAGGGCAUCUGUGCGCGGCUGCCGGAGCAUUACCUGGCGGCGCUGCAGGACGAGACGCCGCCCACACCCGUGCACUGGCGGCCGCUGGGUGUGCGCUACCGGCGGAACCCGCGCACCGGGGAGCGGGAGCGGGUGCAGGACGUGCCGGUGCCGGUGCACCUCCCGCCCGCCGCCCACCAGGGCCUCUGGGGCGGCGAAGGCUGGAUCCGCGGCUUCCGAUAUGCGCGCAACGACAAGCUCUCCACCAGGCUGCCCAAGACGUGGAAGCCGCAGCUCUUCGACCGGCAGUUCUACAGCGAGAUCCUCGAUGCCACGCUGACCAUCACCGUCACCAUGCGGACACUGGACCUCAUCGAUGAGGCUUACGGCUUUGACUUCUACAUCCUCAAGACUCCAAAAGCUGACAUGUGCUCGAAGCUUGGGAUGGAUUUGAAACGAACGAUGCUGCUGCGACUUGCACGGCGGGAUCCUAAACUGCAUCCCAAUGAUCCAGCCAGAAGAGAGGCCAUCUAUAAUAAGUACCAGGAAUUUGUGAUCCCAGAAGAGGAAGCUGAAUGGGUUGGCUUGAGUUUAGAAGAAGCAAUAGAAAAACAGAGGCUCCUAGAAAAAAAGGACCCUGUCCCACUCUUUAAGGUAUAUGCUGAAGACCUCAUCAACCAACUGAAAGAACAGGCACUGCAGAAGCAGUAGAAGGAAAGAAACCUUUGGAGCAAAACCCCUGCUGCAGAUCAAGCUAUUGGGUUCAGUGUGUCUUCUGUCUGAACCACGUUGUGUGGAAGGGGCCACAUGACAAGCAUAUCCAGGAGCGUGUUGCCAUUAUCAAAGUCUAAUGACAGCCUAAAUUCACUGAGAAAACGUUCCUGUGGGCUGAGGAAAGAAUUUCUGUCCUGUGGCCUCUGAAAGCAUCUUUGUAAGACUGACUUAAUGUGGUUCUUCUGCCUGUACAAGUAGUUGGCUGCUUUUGAGAGCUUGAUCAUGAUAUAAAAUUGAAUAUGCAUUUUGGGAAUAUUAGUGAACUUUCCUCUGAUA